CCUUAGGAACAAUGUUGAUUUACUAUAGAGAAAAGAAAGGAGUUAUGGAGCACGCCUUUUUGUGUGCCUUGUAUGAUACUUUUCUAUACUUUCAACAUUGUUUUGGGGGAAAGGGGGACGGAUGUAGUUGUAUUCCGGAAGCACAGCGCAAAGUGUUGGGUGUUCCAAGUAAUUCUGGCAGUGAUUGUACCUAGCAUGGUGGGUGUGACUGAAGGAUAUGUGUGUUAAUUGCGAUUCCUAGGUUAACAUUGUUUGGUGAGAAUGGCUUGUUUUGAAACGUUUGCCUUCUUUCCAAGCCAGAUUUUUAUGCUAGAUAAUGUUUCGAGAACAGUCAAUUUGAUGCACCCACCGGAUGAUACUGUAGCCACAAAAAACUUUUAAACCCACAAACUGGAAAGACUUUCGGAAAAAUGUCUGCAAGGUUUCUUGUUUGGGAAAGCUUUCUAGCUUUCAGACAUUGGCCUUCAUACUUCAAGAAAACAUUUGUUCAGCGCUGAACAAAGUAAAAUGAUCAGGAAAGGUAAUAAAGAAGCGUAAAAAAUAGAAAUAUUGGAGUUUUUUAAUUGCUUUGAAGUAUUUCUCUUCCUUUGAUCGCGUUUUGCAAUGUUUUUUUAUUUUUCCUGGAAUAAAAUUCUCGAUUGUUUGCAUGCGUUUGAUAACCACAUAACUUGACAGCCAGUUGAUGUUUUAAUGGUAUUGUUUUCAAAUUACAUGAAUACCGAGAAACGGUGGUACGAAACACCCGUUCCACUUCUAAUCAAUGGUGUACAUCCACACUAAUCAUUUGAUUAAUCGUGGGCCCAGACCUUGUGGAAUGUACACCUUUUGAACUUCAUAUUCCCAAGUUCAGAUUAAUCAUGGGUAACACCUGGCGAGCACCUGGCGGGCACCUGGCGGGCACCUGGCGACUUUUUUGUCGGUCGCGGCCAAAUAAGCUUUUCACACUGGCUAUCGACCACAAUUUCAGAACACCUACUCGAUAAACGGUUACAAGAUGGCAGCAGCACGAAAAUUCACAGAAGCGCAGAUCUUUUUCCUCGAGUCCGAAUUCAACAACGGACUUGCCUCAACUUCCAUGACAAAGUACGGAGAUCGAUUUCGAUACUUAAAUGAAAAGACUGGCUUGCCUAUAGAAAUUAUUCAACGGUGGAUAAACAAUCGAUCGCGUGGGCCUAGACCAACUUGCUUUAGGCCCAACCCUGUAAACGAAGAUGUUGACAUGGAAUCGGAAGAGAGCAGGAGACCUGCAAAUAGCAAUACAGAAACGCGAUGUUACAAGAAGCCUCCAUCCACAAAAUCCGCAACUGGAUAUGCAGUUUUCUGUGGAGAAGUCUUUCGCGAACGUAAAGACGAAUUCAAGGGAAUGUCAUUGCAUGAUAAGAACAAGCAUGCACAUUCCAUGUGGCAAGAACUGCCAAAAGAAGAACAAAAAAGAUACAAAGAAAAAGCGAAGCAGAAUUCUGACAGGAAAGUUAAAAUAGAAGAAGUUCAGGGCAAGGCUAGAGAAAGGUUGAUUCGCCAAAGUAUUCAAAGGAUACAAGCCGAGAUGGACUUUCUAGACCAAUUUGGAUGCCAUGGAUUUGCCCUUAUCCCAAACACUCCUGAUGGACUUGUUUUCCCAGGUUCCAAGAAAGGAGAACAAUUUCUUUUGGAAAACAAAGAUGUUGGUCAUAAAUUUUCUUCUUUUAUAAAUUUGCCACAUACACCUGACUAUAGUCAAGAUGAUAUCAGGAGAUUACUAAAUGAGAAGUAUAGGAAAUUCACUGGCACCUUGAAGCGGGUUGAAUAUGAGAAGUUCAACUCUUCAUUUGUGGUGAAAGGCUGGCCAGAAAAUGUCCCCUUCAUGCAGCCUGGAAGGUUCAGCCAGAAAAGAAUCAACGCAGUAAUGGAGGCAAUGCCAGGGAUAGGGUUCGAGAAUGUUCAGCAGAAUAUUGCGAUUGUCCAGGAGGGCAAUGAUUCUUCAACAACGGAGGUCCAGGGGACUGAUGAAGCGUUUCUUCGAGAUCCAAACGAUGUUAUUGAGGCUGCUUUUGCUGAUGAUCCAACGGUUAUUGACGCACAAUGCAUACAUAAUGGGAAGGCCAAGAAAUUCAAUGCCAAAAAAUUAUCUUUUGUGAGAAAAGGAAAUGUGGUCCCGGUUAUUCCAUCACCGGAAGAUUCAGAAGACAAAUUUUAUCUGUUUGUUUGUGGUGGAAAAGCCAAAACAAACAACAUUAUAAAGGGAAAGUGGCUUGUAAAAAGUGGCGACAGGGACUUUGUCAAAUCGCGUGACGAGGCAUCUGUGCUUGAAAGCAAUGUUUACGUUAAAGACGGUCAGAGGCUGGUCCUGCGCGAAGAAGACUUCGAAAUCAACGAAGCAGGUUUUUAUCGUUUAACGAUCGCAACAGCACGAAUGAUCGAGGCUUUGCACGAGGGCCUGAAAGUACUGUAAUAAACUUGGAGAACUUACUACCUCUUCAAGGAAGAAAGAUUGGUCUUCUUACUUUUCUUCAAUGCUUUUUGGUUUCUUUUUUACUUAUUUGCAAGUAACGAUACUUUAUAUAGAUAUAUAUAUAAGUUAAAACGUCAAUCAAGUUUAUGUUUUUUCUUUUCGUACUUUGUUUUCUUGGCAGUCACAGGUUUCCUUGAAGUGAAAGAAACUUUUGAGGCACUAAACAGGAAAGGAAUAUAUCAGAAUACGGUCCAAACAUAAUUUUUUCCCAUGAAUGGGCCAAUAAAAUUGGAAGUUUCUGAGAUUUAUGUGGAUUAGUAGAGUCUGUUGUGACUAUCAGUGCCUUUACAAGCCUGACAGAGGAUAAAUCUUGCCCUCAGCUCAUUGUCUCUUGCCCUCAACAGGAUUGAGGCUGGAACCAGAAGCGGAAAAUUCACUUUUAAUUGGUAGGCGAUUGAGAUACAGCAGGGUUUUUUAAGGAAAAUUUAGAGUUGCACAUUAUUCUCGGAAGUUCUGUGUUGAAGGAAUAAUUUUUGGUUCUUAUACAAGUAUAAACAAAGCGCACUGUACAAGUAAACAUAGAAAUUAUGCAUGUUUCGUUGCCUUGCCUAUGGAGGAUAAAAUGUAUAAAUAACACUCAAUAUAAUAAAUCUCUCUUAACGGAUUUAUAAUAAAAAUUCCAAUUUUCAGAGAAAACGAACAGAUUCUAAUUCACCUUGGAAGUAAAUUAUAAAGUAUACUAUAAUAGAACUUGAAGAGUGUCUAGUAUAAGAUUGGUAUGCCAAACUUCAAAUAAACAAGGUUUUUCAAUGUGAUAAGCGCUUAGCAAUCCGGCACUCCCCGCCGUUAAAAUAAACCCCUUUUAUUACCCCCUCCCCCCUGUUUCGACCCUGAUGUCAAGCAAAGGACAUGCAAAAUCUGAGAGUUUAGUAACGAUGAUUUUAAUUGUAUUGCUACAAAUUUCUUAUUUUAUAUGUUGUGCUUCUCAUGUCACUAACCGUCAUCGCGCUGGACACUAUGCUGUAUAUGUUCCUGGAACUAGUCCAUCCUCUCCCCUUCUUGUUCCGGUUGUUGAAAAUGUGAGGAAACAGCAUUCUUUCUCGAAAUAUCUUCAAAGCAUUUUAAAGUUCGCAUUUAGUGCCGUCUCUUGGCGGGUUGAUGAUCCUUUCGAAGGAAUCCCAGAAGAGGAAAUUUGUUUAGAAAAUGUCCCAGGGUUAUCAAUAGACCCUAAUAAUUCUGAUAGAAAUUAAGACAUUAUAAUUGACUAAUGUAAAUGAACUUUCAAGGCCGCUAACAAAAUUUUUUGAUAAAAAUAACGCAGAGAAGAUGCAUAAGAAAAUUUUCAUAUCAUUUUAUACUUUUAAUUAUUAAGCCACCUCUUGAUUAAGUCCCCUUCUAGGAAUUAAAAAAAUUGAAAUUAAGUCCCCUCAUGGCUUAAUAGAGCUUUAACAGUGUGCUUUUUUACACAAUUUUAUCGACUUAUUUCUUCAUUAAAGUGAUAAUGAUGUUCGUCAAUUCGUGAUCGAAUAUGACCAUGACAACAGAAAUAUAAUAAAAAGAAACAAAAAAUAAAUAAUAGAAAUAUUGUUAUCUAUGGGUCCGUGAGUGGCUUAUGAGGCCAAUACGGGCAUGGAAUCCCCUCCCACAUGUCUGACACCAGUGGGAGGGUAGAGUAUUUGCUGCAUUCUCAUUCUUCAUUAAAGUAAACAUGUUUAGAACAGCAUUUUUUUUACAAAAAGCCUUUAAAACUGCAAAUUUAUGUAGAACUGCUCGUUAAACAAAAAACCAAUCUCUAAAAACUAGAAGUACAGGAGUAUGGAGCCUUAAACCCAAGAAAAAAAAAUUUGUUCUACUAAAAAAUUCUACGUUAAAUUUUUCGAAUUAGCCGGAAUAAAAAAACUGCUACUAGAACAGCAUUAUUAGAACAAUUACUUGUUUUAGUAAUGAUCCAGCGGCUCUGGGAGCAAAAAACUUUUUUGAAAGUCGUUUUGCCUGCGAUUUUCUCAAAAUUAUGCGACAUUUCAUCAAAAUCUCUAAAUAUUCCAGCUAAUAACUUUUUUUAGCAAGGGUCUAGUCACUUUUUCAAUUUCGCCGCAUAUUAUUUCUCAAAUUUCCGAUUUUCUCAAAAUUAUGCGACAUUUCAUCAAAAUCUCUAA